CACUCGGGUAGCGGACAAGAUGACCGCAUCUUCUACGGAAUCUCAUGCAUGCAGGGAUGGCGCAUCAGCAUGGAGGACGCCCAUGCCACUAUCCUCGACCUGCAACCUCUCGAAGGCGACGAUCUGAAGCCUGCCGCAUCCGACGUUCGCAUCAGCUUUUUCGGUGUCUAUGACGGCCACGGUGGAGACAAGGUCGCGCUCUACACUGGCGAAAAUCUGCACAAAAUCAUCGCAAAGCAGGAAGCCUUCAAGAACAAGGAUUUUGAGCAAGCCCUCAAAGACGGUUUCCUGGCCAUUGACAGGGCCAUUCUGAGCGUUUCUGGAUGUACCGCCACCGUUGGCAUUGUGACUCACGACAAGAUCUACGUUGUAUGUUGGCAUAUCUUCCUCACUGGAAAGCGCUUUACUGACCAGCCAGNNGGCAACGCUGGUGACUCCAGAACUGUUCUUGGUGUCAAGGGCAGAGCGAAGCCUCUCUCCUUUGACCACAAGCCUCAGAACGAGGGCAGAAUUUGCGCCGCCGGCGGCUUUGUCGACUUCGGUCGUGUCAACGGCAACCUCGCCCUCUCCCGUGCCAUCGGUGAUUUCGAGUUCAAGAAGAGCGCCGACCUUCCUCCUGAGCAGCAAAUCGUUACCGCUUACCCCGACGUGACUGUUCACGACCUUUCUGACGAUGACGAGUUCAUUGUGCUUGCAUGUGACGGUAUCUGGGACUGCCAGUCUUCGCAAGCCGUUAUCGAGUUCGUCCGCCGUGGUAUUGCAGCUAAGCAGGAGCUGUCUGCCAUCUGUGAAAAUAUGAUGGACAACUGCCUGGCCUCGAACAGCGAGACCGGUGGUGUGGGCUGCGACAACAUGACUAUUUCGGUUGUUGCUUUGCUCAAUGGCAAGACCAAGGAAGAGUGGUACCAAAUGAUUGCGGACAGAGUCGCAAACGGUGACGGACCCUGCGCACCCCCAGAGUACGCCGAAUUCAAGGGACCUGGUGUGCACCACCGCUUUGACAACGACAGCCCGGAUGAGUACGAUAUGGACAUGGAGCAACGUUCGCGCAUGCUUAGCGGACACCCCGGUCGCGUCAUCCUGCUUGGUGAUGGCACGGAAAUCAUGACGGAUUCUGGAGAGAACGACACAGACAUGUUCGACCAGAGCGAUGAUGAGGAGAAAGACCUCGCCAGCCAGGUCAGCAAGGGACAGGACGAGGGCAAGAACGGAUCACAAGAACAAGGUACUGGAGAGACGAAAACGCCCGCAGAGCCCAAGAUGGGUGGUGUUCAGGAUUCGGCAUAA